AUGGAUGUUUCCGGUAUAGCAGACGACAGAAAGCUGUCGGAUAUCACGCCGGACAUGGACAACAACAAUCUUAAAAUGGGUUCACUUCAGGACGUGCAGCUCCUUUUAAGGAGUAAAGACGAGCAAAUUAAAGCCCUACAACGACAACUAGAACAAAAAGAGGAGAAAAUACUACAACUUCGGAGUCAGUUGGAUAAAUACCAAUCUGUGUUUCCGACAAUUAAAGCUUCGGUGGGUCCACGGAAACAGAGGGCUCAGGGAAUAUCGGCUGAGCCGUACUCUCUUAAAACAAUACAGGAUUUUGUAGGACAAUCAGCAAUCAAACACACCAAGAGUAACAGUACCAGAGACCUCAUCAAACAGGCAAUCCUUGACAACGACUUUAUGAAAAAUCUUGACAUGGGUCAGAUCCGAGAGAUCGUUGAUUGUAUGUAUCCAGUGGAAUAUACCCAGGACAGUCUCAUCAUUAAUGAGGGCGAGAUUGGCUCUCUGGUGUACGUCAUGGAAGAGGGGAAGGUGGAAGUGACCAAAGAUUCGACAAAACUUUGUACCAUGGGACCGGCAAAAGUGUUUGGGGAACUGGCCAUCCUCUACAACUGUACCCGAACAGCUAGUGUCAAAGCCAUCACUGCUUGUAAGUUAUGGGCGAUAGACCGGCCAUGUUUCCAGAGCAUCAUGAUGAGGACUGGUCUCAUGAGACACACGGAAAACAUGGAAUUCCUGAGAAGCGUCCCGACCUUUAAACACCUUCCAGAGGAAUCACUCAGUAAGAUCGCAGACGUUCUCGAAGAGGCUCACUACAACAAUGGUGAUUAUAUUAUACGACAGGGGGCGCGAGGGGACACAUUCUAUAUCAUCGCCAAGGGCAAGGUGAAAGUCACAAAAAAGACAUCAAAAACAGGAGAUGACCAAGUGAUUCGCUUCCUACAAAGAGGCGAAUUCUUCGGUGAGCGUGCGUUACAAGGGGAAGAUGUCCGGACAGCCAGUAUCGUGGCAGCUGAUCCGGCUGGAGUGGACUGUCUGGUCAUUGAUAGAGAGUCCUACUCACAGCUAAUCAGUGAUCUAGAUGAGCUCAAGCGAGUGUAUGAAGAUGAGGACGAGAAAGCUGUGUUCGACCCCGAGUUUGUAAAACUCAAACUCAGCGACAUCAGUAUAGUCGCGACUCUUGGAGUUGGAGGUUUCGGCCGAGUAGAACUGGUCCAAGUAAACAAUGAUAAUUCGAAAACAUUCGCACUGAAGAUCCUCAAGAAGCAUCACAUUGUGGAAACGAGACAACAAGAACAUAUCAUGAACGAGAAGAAAAUCAUGUCCGAAUCCAGAUCCGACUUUAUUGUCAGACUAUAUCGCACGUUUAAGGACAGAAAAUACCUGUAUAUGCUACUAGAGGUGUGUUUAGGCGGAGAGCUGUGGACCGUCCUCAGAGACAAGGGUUCGUUUGAUGACAGCACCACUCGGUUCUACACAGGCUGUGUGGUGGAGGCGUUCGCCUAUCUACAUAACAAGGGCGUGGUCUACAGGGAUCUCAAACCAGAAAACCUCCUCAUCGACACUCAGGGAUACGUCAAAUUGGUGGACUUCGGUUUCGCUAAAAAGGUCGGACUAGGGAGGAAGACAUGGACAUUUUGUGGCACCCCAGAGUAUGUGGCGCCGGAAAUCAUUCUCAACAAAGGUCACGAUAUUUCAGCUGAUUAUUGGUCCUUGGGAAUACUUAUGUUCGAGCUGCUGACGGGAAGUCCGCCUUUCACGGGGCAGGAUCCAAUGAAAACAUACAACAUCAUUCUUAAAGGAAUUGAUGCUAUUGACUUCCCACGCAAGAUCACAAAGAACGCCCAAAACUUAAUCAAGAAACUAUGCAGGGAGACUCCGUCAGAACGUUUAGGGUUCGGACGGGGUGGUGUGCGAGAGAUCCAAAAACACAAAUGGUUCGAAGGCUUCAAUUGGGAUGGCCUAAAGAAACGGAGUCACAAACCCCCUAUAUCGCCUUCGAUAAAAGGCACAACAGAUACCUCAAACUUCGACGAUUACCCAGAAGAGGAAGACGACCCCCCUCCAGACGACGUUACAGGCUGGGACAAGGAUUUCUGAGAAUUGUUCCAUGGAUCGGUAUUUGUUAUAAUAGAGGACUGGCGUCGGAGGUAACCUUACAGGUCACAAUCGGAAGUUGUUGUGGGUAACCUUACACGUCACAUCCGGAAGUCGUUGUGGGUAAUUUCACCAGUCGCAACUGGAAGCCGUUGUGAAUGGAGAGCACAAUAUGACAAUGAUCUUAGCGUUCAGAGGUGUUUGAACAUUACAUUGUGAAACAAACGACCUCACUUGAAGUGUAGAAGGUGACGCCAUAGACCUUAUUGUCGGUCCUUACUCAAACCUAGGAGGCAUCACCACAAAGAUAGUGGAAUUAUGUCACAUUAAAGGAACGGCGCCCUACAUAACCUAUGCAGUGUGUGACUAGUGCUGCUCCAGUGACCGACCAAAGUGAGGUGACUGGCUGUGAUAGUGUGUGGUAUCUUGAUCUCCGUGUCGGUAGACAUUUGUGUUUUAUACUUUCCAGUGUCUGCUGCGUGCCUUACACCAUUUACUACGGCCCACAUAUCCAUCCUUGCACGGUGUUUUCAAUGUGGCUCGAAUUUCGGAUGGACACCAGUAGUGAUUCGUGUUUGAAUUUUCCGGAAAGCCAUAUCUACCGUUCAACUAUUAUUUUCCAACCACCGUCCAAGUAGAAGAGAAAACGUUUAAGCGAUUCAUCAGAUUGCGAACACUGCUGGAAUCAAGAAUCAAGUUUAUAGAUUGAGAAAUGCAAAACACGUAUAAUAUUUAAUUGGAUAGCUUUGUAUGGCAAUAUAGUAGGUUUUAUUGUUAAAUGCAGCAAAUAUGUUAGUCCCAGUUGUUCCUUCGGGAACUGAUUAAGUGCUAGUGGUAUUGGUGACCCGUGUUACUGAAAAUAACGUACUUUUCGCGUGAUAAGUCAGGACUCGCGCCAUCACCAAUUAAAGACACUAUCACGUAAAGGAAUCAUUACAGACUUUAAUUACUAAACUAGUACAUGUAUAUUCCAUUGACUUUGGUCAGAUGCGACCAUGUUAACAUUUUACAUAGAUGUUUUUUUUAUUGUGCUGCCAAAGAGAGUCGAAUUUUUGCAGCUCCUAGAAAUUUACAUUUGUAAUCAGGCAAGUUUGAAAGGAAAAUUAAAUACAUCGCCAUAAAAUUGAUAGAUUUGUAAGGAGGGACUGAUUUUAUAGAAAUACAAGUUUAUAUAUAGCAAUGUAAUGGCUGAUGUCAGCUGUACGUUAUUUUAUAGACAUUGUACCGUGCAACACAAGAAACAACUUACGUGACUUGUGUCGGCUCUCUGGUCGACAGAGUCGUGUGACUUGUGUCGACUCAUUGUUUGGCACAGUUGUGUGACUUGUGUCGUCUCUCUCUUUGGUACAGUCGUAUGACUUGUGUCGACUCUCUGUUCGACAGAGUUGUGCGACUUGUGUCAGCUCUUGGUUCUGCAAAGUUGUUUGACGUGUCGUCUCUCAGUUUGGCGCAAUCGUUUGACUUGUGUCGACUCUCUGUUCGACAGAGUUGUGCGACUUGUGUCAGCUCUUGGUUAAACAAAGUUGUGUAGCAUGUGUCGGCUCUCAGUUAUGCACAGUUGGGUGAUUUGUGUCGGCCCCUGUUCGACAGAGUUGUGUGACUUGCGCCAGCUCAUGGUUCAGCGCAGGUGCGUGACAUGUGUCUGCUCUCUGUUCGACAGAGUUGCACGACAUGUGUUAGCUCUUGGUUCAGCACAGUUGUGCGACAUGUGUCAGCUCUCGGUUAUGCGCAGUUGAGUGACUUGUGUCGGCUCUCUGUUCGGCACAGUUGUCUGACUAGUGUCGGCUCUCUGUUUAGUAGAUCUGUUUCUCUGUUCGACAGAUUCUUGUGACAGGUGUCGCCUUUCUGGUCUGCAGACUUGUAUGACUGUUGUAGGCUCAAGAGUUCGGCAGAACUGUUCUACAAAAGAGAACGGUUUAAGAGAGGGACUACUAGUAAACGAAUUUUUACAAUUUUUUAUUGUUUAGGUGAAGACAUUUUAACUUAUACGGGGUUUGGUAUUAAGUGUUUAUAUUUAACGGGGUUUAUCUAGACUGCUAGCAUGUGUGAAUGUUACUUAGCCAAAUCGUGUGUAGAGAACGGAAGGGACAGUAUUUUAUGUACAUAUGUUUCGUGUGUUUAGUAUCUCCGAUUAGUUGUUCGACUGUAUCGUUUUACUAUUAUACUGACGAAUGGGCUGUUGUGUUAUUGUAUACUCACAGUAUAUAUCGACAUCCCGACAUUAACCUUGGUUGUGGUGGCCAGUUCAACCGGAUUAUGGUCAGCUGAGAUCUAUCUCCAACAACUUUUAAGUUCACGACGAUUCUAUCUGUUUAAUGAAAUCUGACUACAGGGCUAUAUUUAUACGGACUAUUCUGUUCUGUAAGGGAUAUUUUGUGAUAUUUUUUUCAGUAAUCCUAAUUAUUACAUAUGUAAAGAAAUUGUUGAUGACGUUUAUAAUGGUGCUGUAGUCUAAGGUAAUGUAUCUGUCCGAUCGUCCGUUCGUCUCUACUGGACGUACGAAGGGACAUAUAACUCCAAUUUACUACUUGCCAAUGUUGGGUAUUCUACUGAAGGGUAACGUGCCUUACAUAGUGGUCAUGUGACUAUUUUGAUAGAAAAUAAAGAAUUCUGAAAUACUCUUA